AUGCCGUGGAACUCGUGGGGAGGAGUAUUUUUGCUGAGCUGGACUGUUGUUUACAUCCGGAGCAAUCCACGAAUUGUGCUCCGUCCCCGUCGUAUCCUCGCUCACCUUCCUCUCUCCCUCCUUGCUCGCUGUCUCUCAUUUCUUCUUUCUGCCUCGGUCGGCGGAAAUCUCCGACACUUUCCUAUUGGGACUUGGACCUGUUGGGACGUGUCGCACAGUUCGUGUUCAAAAUCGCUGCGUUGGCGGUGGUCAUAAAAAUUCUCAGAUAUGAAAGUGACAGUAACGACGCUCAGCGACGACAGCGUCUUCGUCCUGGAUGUGAGCGAGGAGUUGGAGCUCGAGAACUUCAAGGCAUUCUGUGAGAUCGAGAGCGGUGUGCCGGCUCACGAGAUCGUCAUUGCGUUCAACGGCUUGCCUCUCAUGGAUGACAAAAAGUCGUUACGCGACCAUGGUAUCCGUGACGGCGAUGCCGUCAUUCUUCAGCACAUGCAUCAAAGCGGCAGCGAUCUCAACCUGCAGCCCUUCAAUAGAGCCAUUCCAUUACUGGACUUCAGUUCCAUCAGAGUUCCUGGGACUACUAUUAACAAUCAGCGCCAGCCAGCCAUUGCCAACAAUAGAGUGCAAGAUCUUCAGAGUGCAGAUGACCCAGCUAUGAUAAGAAACAUGUUCCUGGCUAAUCCUGAUCAAUUGGCAUUGCUCAAGCAAAAUAAUCCCAGACUAGCUGAUGCCUUACUGUCGGGAAAUCUCGAUAGAUUUUCAACUGUGCUUAGAGAACAGAUAGCAGCUCGAGAGGAACGACAUGCUCAGAGAUUGAGAAUGAUGAACGCGGAUCCGUUUGAUACGGAGGCACAACGGUUAAUCGCCGAAGAGAUCAGGCAAAAGAACAUCGAGGCCAACAUGGAAGCAGCGAUGGAGUAUAACCCCGAGACUUUUGGUACUGUUGUCAUGUUGUACAUCAAUUGCAAAGUCAACGGAUUCCCGGUUAAGGCAUUUAUUGACUCAGGUGCACAAACUACGAUUAUGUCCGCUGCCUGUGCCGAGAGAUGUCACAUUAUGCGAUUAGUGGACACAAGAUGGGCAGGAGUUGCCAAAGGUGUUGGGGUUCAACGCAUAAUCGGUCGCAUACAUAUGGUACAAAUACAGAUUGGCAAUGAUCAUCUAACAACGUCAUUCAGCGUCCUCGAGGAACAGCCUAUGGACAUGCUAUUAGGCCUGGAUAUGCUGAAGAGACAUCAGUGUUGCAUAGACUUGAAGAAGAAUGUCUUGAAAAUUGGGACCACAGGCACUGAAACUUCAUUCUUAGCAGAAGGCGAUUUACCAGAAUGCGCGAGAUUAAGCGGCAACAUUGACGAAUCCUUCGACGACAGAGAUCUUCAGCGAGCUCUCGAAGACAGUUCGAGAGACGUUAAGAAACAGAGACAACACGAUGGACAAAGCACCAGUAGUCAAAGCAGACCUGUCACUUUAGAGACGACGAUCUAUCCGCACGAUCCGUUCACAGAAGCCACGGUCAAGGAACUCGAGGCUCUGGGUUUCACAAGAGCGCAGGUGAUCGCGGAGUUGCGCCGAUUUAACGGCGAUAAAACACAAGCCAUCGCCGCGUUGUUCGCGAAAUCAUUGAAAUUCUAAACAUACCGAUAUCGAAAAUCACACGCGUGAAUUGAGUACGCGAUAUUCUCAGUGGAGAAAGAUAUAGCGAAAUUGUGAAUAUGUAUGGUACGCAAUAAACACAGAAAUGACUUACAAUCUAUGAAACAACUUGUAAGUAUCGUUGUAGUUGGUAGCUGUUUGAUAUACUUCCGUUUUACGAUGACAUAACUUUUAUAGCUCAACAACGAGUCGCGAAAAACGUUACAGUGGUAUAUGAACGUGUACGGGUUAUUUUUCGGCAAAAAAUAAAAUAACGUUAACUCACUUUCUUUUGUAUUUUUUCUUACUUUAUGGUGAUCUAAUUACGUAAUGAAUUGGAUAUAUAUUACUGUAAAGUAAGAUAAAAAUACAAAUUGUUAAGAUGAUAAGCUGUUGUAUGUAAUCUUGCAGAUUUUUUGUUACACAUGUGUGUAUGCGCGCACGUGUGCGCGAUGCCUAAGUAAACCGCAUAUUUGUAACACAUUAAUUAUAUCAAGUAUUCGAGUAAGAGUUUAGAAAUGCGUCUAAUUUUUACGAUCUGAUAUUUAAAGAUGCAAUAUACAUAGUUUUUUUGUGCGAACAAACCAUUGAAUAUUAAGAUUUAGUUCUCGAAUGUUAUGUAAAAGAAAUAUACAUAGAACUUGUGCAUACGCAAUAACAACCGCUGAAUAGAUAUGAGAAAAGGUUUUCUACGCGCCGUGAAAGAUACAUGUAUGUAUUUCACGGUACUCUGUAAUAUUCCGUUUAUAUAUAAGUGGUGAAGAGAAGAUAGACAAUUAUAA